CGUUUCCCCCUCCUUUUUGAGAAUUUUCUUCUUCUUUUCCCUUCUUUCUUGUUUUCCGUUCCGUCCUUCAGAGGCCUAGGUGCUAUGAGAAGAAAAAAGAAGAAGAAAAUAUGGCUCCACCGGCGUUUAUGUAUCGCAGUGACUAUCGUGAGUUGGCCAAAUCAGUUUACUCGGCCUCAGCCUCGAUCACGACCGUCUUCCUCUUUACCCGGCUGUGGGCUAGGUCGACCAAGUACAAGGGCCUAUGGUGGGACGAUUACAUCCUCAUCGCUGCAUGGGCCUGCCUGCUCGUCGCCCAUGGACUCUGCGCCGCGGCGCCCAUCUACUAUCAUUAUAAUGUCCUACAUUUACAUCCGGCGGGGAUCACGACACAUUUGGCUGGUCUCAGCUUCAUGUACGUCGCGGUUGCCAUCAGCAAGACGGCUUUUGCCACAACUCUCCUCAGGCUCACUGCAGGCCGUAUUCGUCUCGUGCUGUGGGCCAUCAUCAUUGCUAUGAACACCUAUACCGCAGUCAUGGUUAUUCAGACUUGGAUCGACGUCUGCGACUCCAUCGAGUACCCGUCCAUGAAGUCAACAUGCAUCCCGGCAACGACACAGGCCUACAUAGUUCUCGGCAACCUGGCAUUCCUCUUUGUUGUCGAUCUGACAUUGACAGUGCUCCCAUGGCGGAUGAUCAAGCAGGUCCGGUUCAUACCUGAAAAAGAGAAAUGGGGCGUCGCCGCCACCAUGAGCCUCGUCGGCGUCUCGAUGCCGAUCAGCAUUGUCAAGAUUGUCAUACUAUCCAUGGUGCCGCUCUGGGAGUUUGGCGAGUCGGAUUUCACGUACGGUGUCAUUGUCUUUUUGUGCUUCCUCCAGGCAGAGGCAGCAGUCUUCAUCAUCGCCCAGUCCGUCCCGGUCAUACGGAUUCUGUGGCACGGCUCCGCAGCCCCUUCACCACGCGGCACCAGGCAGGACGAGUCGAGAAAAGUAACGGAUACCAAACCGGUGGGUGCGGCCAUCCAAGGUACCGUCAGGAGCAUCGAGCUCGUGGAGCUGCCAUCUGGUAGGAUCGUCGCCGCCGACUCGGAGGAAGGCCGAGACUUCCAAGGCUCUCAGGCUGCGGUGGGCGGUGAAGGAGUCAAGCAGGUCACCGAACAGCCAACAGGCGAAGUCAGCAUGGAGGGACAUGCUGCUGCUGAUGAGGUUCAUAGACUUUGGGCUGACAUGGGCCUGUCCAGGAGGGCUUAUUCAACAUCACCAACACCUCCGCCUCAACUUAGGUAAAAGCAUUAUGAAGCGACAAAUCCGUAGCAUGAUGAGAAUGAAGGCCAAGAAACAUCAGUAAGUUUUCAGGAAAGUCAUCUUCGGAAUCUUUCAGAAGGCCCAUGCAGCAUGAAGUGGUACAUACUGCGUUUCAGUAGCAGUAUUUAAGCAGUGUCAUCUGCCCGCUGAGAGCCAUGACCUCACUGUGGGAACUUGAUUACCUACUUAUGUAGUUGAUAACGCAAAUGGACACUAUCCCUGGUCUUCCG